AUGGUCGUCAUCACGCAUGACGCCAAGACCUACAUGCACCAAGCCCAGGAGCCAGCGCAGUUCCAAACUAUGCAAUCCAAGAAGGCACAAAGGCGACCAUCCGCCACAGCACAGAAGGAGCGCCGCGAGCUAAUGCUCGAGGCACGCGCCCUUUUGAAGGAGUCAACGAGGGCCAGCAUCAAUGGCAGCACGGAGGCCUCUCAACGCCUCCAAGCUAAGGCCGCAAGCAAGAAGGCAGGUGUGGCAUCACUUCGGGCCCCUAAGACGAUUUGGCGCAACGAAUUGGAGCUCCUCAAAGGCUUGGAGGAUGCUUCGCAGAAUUUGCGGAGGCUUGUGACGAACGCACGUUCGUCUGAUAGCCCGCAUCCACUACGCAACUAUAGGAGGAAGUACCGCAAGGUACAACGACUCCACCAACAAAUGAGCUCUCGCAUUGCUCAGAACGCGGUGCUAGACGAGGAUUGGUCCUUCGGCGCUAAGGACCUCGCAGACGAGGUGCUCUCCUGUGACUUGCUCCCUGACAAAAGGGCGAGCGAGUCAUCAAGCGUCAAGGAGGUGGUGAGACGAGCCAUAAUGAAGGAGGUUUGGAAACGGUGCUCCUGCAAAGAGCAUGUUCUGCCAGGCUAUACGGCCUACACCAACUCCGAAGAUGCUCGGGGAGGCAUGUGUGCACCAUGCUUCCACACUUCGAUGAUCGACGACCGGCCCAUCCGCAGCGACAACAGGUUCACCGUACAACAUUGUGAUUCCAUAUUUGAGCUUCCCCAACCUCGUAUUAAUACAGAAGAGGCUUCGUCAACAAUGAAGGCCGAGCCCAAGGUGGCUCGCCUGCUGGAGAAGGCUGGGUUUACCCUUCGGCAAAACAACCGGAUCCCUCCGCCCCCCGCAGUGUGCGAGGCGUGGUGGAGGCAAUCCGAGGAUCUCAUCAAGAAGAGGCACAAGGCUCGACCCAAGUUCGGGCUCGGUUACAUCGACCUUGGCGGCUCCGACGAUGAAGAAGAGGGGCCAUCCUACGGCCCACGAGCUACGUGCCAUGCUACGUCAGUCUCUUCAGGAGACGAUGCCAAAACUUCACGUCGCGGUCUCCAUCGACGAAACUACAACGACAACGACCAAACCGAGGUGGGGGAGCUUGACUCGACAUCAGCCCCGCAAGAGCUAGAAGACGGUGGGCAGCCCACAGUCGAUGAGCUCGUGGAGGUCAACCUUGGGACAGAGGAUGAUCCGCGCCCCACUUUCGUUAGCGCCACGCUGACGGAAGAGGAGCGUGAAGGUUAUCGAAGCUUCUUGAUGGAGUACCGAGAUUGCUUCGCCUGGAACUACAAGGAGAUGCCGGGGCUGGACCCUCGUGUUGCCACUCACAAGCUGGCGAUUGAUCCACAUCACCGCCCGGUCAAGCAGCCUCCACGACGCUUACGACCUGAAUUUGAAGACCAAGUCAUCGCCGAGGUAGAUAAACUUAUCCUUGCAGGUUUCAUCAAGGAGGCCAAAUACACUCGGUGGCUCGCAAACAUCGUGCCCGUAGAGAAGAAGAACGGCCAGGUGCGCGUCUGCCAGGACUUUCGCGACCUAAACCGAGCAUGCCCCAAGGACGACUUUCCCUUGCCCAUCACGGAGAUGGUCGUCGACUCCACCACGGGUCAUGGCGCACUGUCCUUCAUGGAUGGUUCGUCCGGCUACAACCAAAUCAAGAUGGACCCAGAUGAUGCCAUCGACACCGCCUUCAGGACCCCGAAGGGCAACUUCUACUACACCGUCAUGCCGUUCGGCUUGAAGAAUGCUGGUGCAACGUACCAGCGGGCUAUGACCUGCAUCCUCGGAGACCUGAUCCACCAUUCGGUGGAGUGCUAUGUUGACGACAUGGUGGUCAAGACCAAGGACCGCCAGGAUCAUCACAAGGACCUUCGGGUUUUCUUUGAGCGUCUACGUCAACACCAGCUCAAGAUGAACCCGUUGAAAUGUGCCUUCGCCGUUCAAUCAGGGCUCUUCCUCGGCUUUGUCGUGCACCACCGAGGCAUAGAGAUCGAGCCCAAGAAGAUCAAGGCCAUCCUCAACAUGCCACCACCCUGCAAUCUCAAGGAGUUGCGGGCCUUGCAGGGGAAGCUAGCCUACAUUCGCCGUUUCAUCUCCAACCUCUCCGGACGCAUUCAGCCCUUCUCGUGUCUCAUGAAGAAAGGAGCUCCGUUCGUGUGGGAUGAAGGGUGUCAAAGAGGCUUCGACGACAUCAAGAAGUAUUUGCUUAACCCACCUGUUUUGGCAGCUCCUAUGAAAGGGCGCCCUCUUAUUCUUUACAUUGCAGCGCAGCCUACCUCGAUUGGCGCCCUACUCGCUCAACACAAUGAUGAAGGGAAGGAGGUGGCUUGCUACUACUUGAGCCGCACCAUGGUGGGUGCUGAGCGCAACUACUCUCCAAUAGAGAAGUUAUGCUUGACGCUCAUAUUUGCACUAAAGAAGUUGAGGCACUACAUGCUAGCACUCCAAAUCCAGCUCGUUGCAAGAGCGGAUCCUAUAAGGUAUGUGCUAAGUCAGCCUGCGUUGAUGGGGCGACUCGGUAAAUGGGCGCUGCUCAUGAUGGAGUUUGACAUCACGUUCCUCCCCCAGAAGGCAGUCAAGGGUCAAGCCUUGGCGGAGUUCCUCGCGGCGCACCCCGUCCCCGAUGAUUCCCCGCUCAUCACCAACCUUCCAGACGAGGAGGCGUUCGCCGUCGAGUUGGAAGCGCCCUGGGAGCUCUACUUCGACGGUGCUUCCCGCACGGAGGUCGACCCCGACGGAACUCCUAGGCGGAGAGCAGGGGCAGGUUUGGUGUUCAAGACACCACAAGGAGGGGUGAUGUACCACUCAUUCUCCCUCCUCAAGGAAGAGUGCUCCAACAACGAGGCGGAGUACGAGGCGCUCAUCUUCGGCCUUCUCCUAGCGCUCUCCAUGGAAGUCCGUUCUUUACGGGCCUAUGGAGAUUCUCAACUCAUUGUUCGGCAAGUCAACGACAUCUACGAGGUACGCAAGCCUGAACUGGUGCCGUACUACAACGCGGCCCGGAAGCUCAUGGAGAAAUUUCAACAAGUCGAAGUGCUCCAUGUUCCGCGAAGCAGGAAUGCACCUGCCGACUCGUUGGCGAAACUGGCAUCGGCGCUGGUUCUCCCAAGUGACAAAUCCACGCAAGUGACGGUUGAAGAACGGUGGCUUCUUCCCGCUGUCUUGGAGCUCGUCCCGGAGGAAGGCGAAGUCAAUACCAUCACGACAAAUGUCGUGGAGGAGGACGAGUGGCUGCAACCCUUCCUCGACUACUUCAAGCACGGCAGCCUCCCCGACGACCCCGUCAAGAGGCGCCAACUGCAGCGACGACUCCCGUUCUAUGUCUAUAAGGCCGGCGUCUUGUACAGACGGUCUCAUGGGCAGGAGAUUUUACUUCGGUGUGUCAACCGAGGUGAAGCUGAGAAGAUCCUGCAGGAGAUGCACCACGGAGUUUGCGGUGGCCACCAAGGCGGGGCCAAAAUGUACCAUGGCAUACGCCUAGCUGGGUACUAUUGGCCCGGUAUCAUGACCGACUGUCUCCGGGUGGCCAAGUCAUGCCAUGGUUGCCAAAUCCAUGGCGACUUCAAGCAUCAGCCGCCAGCUCCUCUACACCCCACCAUUCCCGCAUGGCCAUUCGAUGCUUGGGGCAUCGACGUCAUCGGCCCUAUUGACCCACCAUCUUCUGGGGGACAUCGCUUCAUCCUUGCAGCGACCGACUACUUCUCCAAGUGGGCAGAGGCUGUCCCGCUGCGGGAGGUGAAGAGCGACAAUGUCAUCAACUUCCUAGAGCGAAAUAUCAUAUAUCGCUUUGGGAUUCCACACCGCAUCACCUCCGACAACGCCAAGGCUUUCAAGUCCAAUAAGAUGCACAGGUUCAUGGCGAAGUACAAGAUCAAGUGGAACUACUCCACCGGCUACUACCCUCAAGCAAACGGAGCCAUUGAAGCCUUCAACAAGACGCUUGGCAAGAUACUCAAGAAGACGGUGACAAGACAUAGAAGAGACUGGCCUGACCGUCUCUUCGAGUCUUUAUGGGCGUACCGCGUUACGGUCCGUACCCCAACUCAAGCUACUCCCUACUCCCUGGUCUAUGGGAGUGAAGCGGUUCUUCCAUUGGAGGUCCAGCUACCCUCUCUACGGGUGGCUAUCCAAGACGAACUCACCAAAGACGAACAGGCACACUUGCGGUUUCAGGAGCUCGACACCCUGGAAGAGGAGCGACUUCAUGCCCUACAAAAUCUGGAGCUUUAUCGCCAGAACAUGGUGAGAGCUUAUGACAAGCUCGUCAAGCGGCGCGUCUUCCGGAAAGGCGAGCUGGUCCUUGUGCUCAGGCACACCAUCGUCGUCACACACAAGACGAAGGGGAAGUUCGAGCCGAAGUGGGAAGGACCAUACGCCAUCGAGCAAGUCUACGACGGGGGUGCAUACCAGCUGGUCGAUCCCCAGGGAGCCCGGCCCAUGCCUCCAAUCAAUGGAAGGUUCCUCAAAAAAUAUUUUUGCUAA